AUGGCCGACGAUACAGAACACACAGAGUCCGACCUCUGGGCGUCGCCAAACCAUGACGCCCCCGAGCCGCGCCCCAAGACGCCCAAAACUCCCAAAACUCCCAAAACUCCAAAGACUCCGACGGCGCAAGACCGGCAGGUCGACCGUGAGGCCGCCCUGCAAAAGGAGCUAGAGGGCGUGCGCAAGAUCAAUGAGUCCAUCGAGGGCAUACUGGCCACCCUCGGUCGCACAGACGGCAACAUGGAAGUCGUCUCAAACACCGUUUCCAACGCCUCGACCCUCCUCAACACCUGGACGCGCAUUCUGUCGCAGACUGAACACAACCAACGCCUCGUCCUCCACCCCGGCUGGAAAGGCGCGACGGAAGACCUUGCCGAGCAGGAGGCGGAGGCGCUUGAGAGGCAGCGGGCUGCCGAGCGCAGGGCUGCCGAAGAGGAGCAGAGGCGAGAGGACCUGCGCCGGCGUCGGGAGGAGGAAGAGGAGAAGCGCAGGCUCGGCGCCCCAACACCAUCCCGGGGCAUGCGAGGUGCGUCGAGAACGCGGACGACGAGUCGCGGGCGAGCCGGGAACGGCGUCGAGCACUCGCGGUACCUCAGGCAUCGGUAG